AUGGGUGAAGGUCUACUACCAUGGGUGCAGCGCGUUGUUUCUUGUCGCACUCUUCUUCACGCACCCCGGGGUGGUACAGGCUCGGUGUUAAGACAGCAGCGAGAAGGAAAACCCGAUGGGCUCGGCCUGUCUCAGGCUUGGUUGCAUGCACCCCCUGAUAUAGAGGACGAAAGGGAAAAAGAAAGGAAGCAUGCCAGGCCGGCCGCAAGGGGACUAGCGGCAGCGCUAUGGGCGGCUCCCUGCAGCAUGCUUCGCUUGAGCACGGCGGGGUUUCAGAAGCAGAGCAGCUUGGAACAAAGUCUUUGCUGCCGUCGAACUCAAUCCGUGCGUCCAACGCAUUCUGGCUGCACGCUCGCACUCAUAAGUAUGGGUGGGUGCCAAUGCCAGUGCCAGUGCCAGUGUGAGCGUGAGCGUCGUGGUGCGUGGGCAGGCAAGGUGCCAAUUCCAUUUCUCAGCACACCCUCCCACGCCCGUCAUCCACACAGCCUCGUCCAAUGGCAGCCGUCCGCCAAAAGGCCCCCGACUCGCCAGCAAAUUGACUGUCCGCACCAACGACAGCAGACACAAGACAGCAGACCACGCGCACACUCGUCUGUCUGCUUGCGCCCGUCAGUGGCUGAAGGCCUCGUUGAUAACGGCCAGGAAGCCACGGCCCCGCCGCCAAUCACCGCCGCCCAUGGCUCUCUCAGCCGCCUACACGGCGAGCACGCCGACCAGGAUGCCCACCGGCCCAAGCACUUCUCAAACUUGAGCGGACGCAGCCUCGAGGGCCCUCGGCCUGCUGGUGGAGGCGAUCGUGGAGACCAAGCGCCUCUCGCUUCUGCAGGAACCGUGCUAGCUCUCCAAGAAGAGGCGUCCAUGUCGGCCGCUCUGUCCAAGGCGCCUAUGCUCUGGCGCCGAAUGGGCGUUGACCUUGCGACGCUCCAAAUCUCUUCUGCUGCUCUUCUACCCCCCCAGCUGUUCCUUCUGACUGAUAUUCGUCUCAUGCUGCGCUGGACGCCCAGCUGCUGA